AUGUUCCCAAUAUAACUUCACUGCAGUCAGCUCAGGGGUCUGGUCAGCGGCCUCAGUCUGAGCUGUAAGGGAAGUGACAGGCACAAACUCUGCUCUCUGGAUUGUGUUUUCUUUACGUGUUUGGAUGAACACCAUGAUGAAAGGGGAAAAUUCAGCGGAAGUAGAGAUUGACUUGGAGGACUCCAGUGACCCUGAUGAAUAUGAUAAUGGGGAGGAACCUGAAACAUUGUGGAGGGCCCCUCCUGCUCUGGAAGAAGAGGAAGACAUUCAUACGUCCACACUAGUGGAAAUCAGUGAUACCAAACCUCUGAUUAAUGUCAGAGACCCCCGUGGUAUCAAUGACUGUCUCAAGGUGACGUUUGAGGAUGUGAUUGCGGAGCCAGUGUCAGUGCGCAGUGGGGACAGAGUGUGGACCUGGAGUAAUGCCCUGUUUGAGGUGUCUAGGGUUUGGAUCUACAGGAUAGUCACAGUGCUUCUGGCCAUUCCCAUUUCAAUUAUCUCUGGUCUCCUCUUUGCCAUCCUCAGCUGCUUCCACAUCUGGAUGGUUGGUCCUUGUAGCCACUGUAUCCUCAUUGGCGCACGCUGGCUGCAGAGCCUAUGGAGCAUUGUGUUAGGCGUCAUUGUGCGUCCCUUCCUUACAAGUGCUGGGAGAUGCUGUGGAGGCUUCAGCAUUCACCUGGCCAAAGAAUGAGACUCACACAUCCAGACUGUUACUGUUUAUUAUGUGCAAUGGUGUUCUAGUGGACUGAGCCGAAGAAGGCAUUGAUAUAUUUGAUUUUAAAAUUUGUUUUCGUAAUAAAAUGUUUCUAAUUGCAUGUUUUUCACAUUUAGGAUGCCUUUGGUCGAAGUCCGACAGCACCUGCUGCUCUUUUAAUGAUUAUACAAGGCUUGUGUCAUGUUCAAACAAUGAUAUGGAGCUGACAAAGAAACAAAAAGAAGGUAAUACAUUUCUUGAUUUUAUCCUCAUCGCUUUGGUGAGACCAAAGUAGGAUAAGAGUUAUUAACAUCUUAGAUCUGAUUAAGAAAACGAUUACAUGUGGAUUUUACAGUCAUUAAAAAAAUUAUGAAAGUGAUCCUUUUUGUUACUCAUCCAGUACUUUAACACUGAUGCUACAGUGGGGUUAUGACUUUUCUAAUUUGAAGUAAUGUCAGCAUAAUUUGUUAUGCACAUUGAUUGUCAAAACAUCUUCAUGUCAUACUCAUUGGGUUUGGGUUUGUAUUGUGUUACAUUUUUAAAAGGCAGUUUAUAGUUUAAGCUAAGAGUAACAACAAUCAACAACUAUGGGGUCUGAUUUGAAUCAGAAAAGUUAUUGAUUUCAAACCUUUAUUUCAAAUAUAAAUAUAAUACAUAUUUCACUUCAGCAGAAAAGAACAAACACUUGUAUUACGUGCAUGCUUGAAGGCGGCAAUGUCAAUAUAAUACAUGGAUGACACAAUUUUGACUAAAACAGAUUACAUCACUACAUUACUCAUGCAAUUGUUUUAAGGUUGAAGGCAAAAAAUUCUCGCUAAGUUGUUCAAUGACUUAGGUUUUACUCAGGCAACAUUUCAGUAUUUAGCACUUUUUUUGUCAAUUUGUGGGUGUAAAUGAAAUAAACAUCCAUGUGUAUGAUCUACAUACAUGGUGAGAUUCUCAACAUAGAUCAUACACUUAUUUACUGAUUAUUGUGUGACCACACAUUGUGUGUGUGUGUGUGUGUGUGCGCGUGUGUGCGC